AUGCAACGUAAUUUCAUUUUACGUUACGCUUCACCAUUUAAAUAUGGCCCUACGGAUUCUUCAUAUCGAAACUCCGCAAAUUCAAAUGUUCUGCUCAAAGUAUAUAAAGUGUGGCAUAUCACGUCUAGGUUAAGCAAAUAUCAAAGCAUCUGUUUAAGUAUGGGUACAAAUCAAACUGAUCAAAGCUCAUCUAGCGGUAUGACUAGAAAUGAGCAAAUAUUUAUAGCACACGUCGUUUUGUCAAUAAUUCCAUGUCUUAUCACCAUCCCUCUUGGUAUUUUCAUCGCGCGCUUUUGUCGUAAAAUCAUUCCAUCAGUUUGGUUUCACUUACACUGGACAUUACAAGUUAUUUUUUCAACAAUUCCUGUUAUUGUUGGAUUUGUAAUAGUCCACCAUUUCAUGGAAAAAUCUCACUUUAACUGGGCUGAUACACCACAUUCGGUAGUCGGGCACAUUUUAACCUUCGUAAUGGCUUUCGAGCUCAUUUUUGGUGUUGUUUACACUUGCUUUAGUAAAUGUCAUGUAAGGAAAUUACGUAUAGUUCAUAAUUAUACAGGUAACUUAAUACUUAUUCUUGCGCUGGUAGAAACUGCGAUUGGUAUUGCCCUAUGGGAAAUUCCUCAAAUUUGGCUUUAUCUUUUCUUUGUAUGGCUUGCACUGUUAAUUUUAAUCUUUUUUAUUUCUUACUUUAAAACUCGUGCAAAUGAACGCGUAGAAAAACAG